AUGACAGCCGAUACACAAGGAGAGCCGCUCCCGUCACUCCUUGAUCUCAUCACCAAAGUCGACAACCUUCCCCUCGACUUUGCCACCAACAGCAGCCCCUACUACAAGUUUCUCCUCGCCCCAGAUCCCCGCCCGCAUGGCUUCAUCCACCCCACCACCGUCGAGCGUCUCCCGUGGCCGUCCGCCUUCCGCAUCGACCACGCCGCGGCUGCCGUCACGCUCGCCGUCCCGACGGCCGCCCUCGCCAACGCCGCGCUGCAAGCCGCCGUCGACGCCGCCAUUGCCUGCGGGCGCUUCCCCACGCUCAACGGCCUGCACAGCGAGCCCUUUUGCGUACCCGGCGUCGCGGCCGCCGCGUACCCGGACCCGGGCCCCAUCCGGAUUGAGCGCUUCGCGGCAACGCUCUUUGGCAUCAACACGCGCGGCGCGCACCUGACGGCCUAUGUGCGCGACCCGACGACGCGCGCCAUCGCGGGCGUCUGGGUCGCCCGCCGCAGCAGGUCGCUCUACACGUACCCGGGGAUGCUGGACAGCGCCGUCGCCGGCGGCGUCAAGGCCGACGACUCCCCGCUCGACUGCAUGCUCGCCGAGUCGGACGAAGAGGCCCGUCUGUCGCCGGCAGUGGUGGCGCCGCGGCUUCGGCCGGCCGGCGUCGUCACGCUGGCAAACCGGAACCCGCGCACUGCGCUGAUUCACGGCGAGAUUCUGUACGUGUACGACCUCGACCUCUCACCGGCGCCGGGUUCGGAGGCGGGCGCGCUCGGCCUGGUGCCGCUGCCGGGCGACGAUGGCGAGGUGGAGGAGUUUAUCCUGAUGGAAUGGCAAGAUGUGGUGCGGCGCAUGAAGGCUGGCGAGUUCAAGCCCAAUGUGUGCGCCAUCAUGAUUGACUUUUUCAUCCGUCACGGCUUGAUCACGCCAGAGGAGGAAGAUCAAUAUGUAGAGAUUUGCAACAGGCUGCGCAGAAAGCUGCCCAUGCCCACCAACGCGCUCGAGACUUGA